UAGAAUAAAAUAGAUCGAAGUCAUCGUUUGAGGAACUUUCUGGAACGCUGAAUAUCGCUGUAUUGCGGCUGACUUCACGCCACUUCCGACAGUUUCAAUCGGUACCACAGGCCCGGUUGCACGUUUUUCGAGUGUACAAAUUGGUUCUAUUGAGCGAAUACUUUCGCCCCUUGAUAUUCAUUCCAGUGUGCAUUUAAACGCGCGCCCCCGACUCCCACCAAACCCAAAUCGAACGUACCGGUCACGUACUUUUAUUGGUUUUUGUUUUUAAAUAAUUUUUAAGUCAUGGCUGCUAUGUCAGUUAUUGGUAUAGAUUUCGGAAAUGAAUCGUGUUAUGUGGCCGUCGCGAAAGCCGGAGGAAUCGAAACUAUCGCAAACGAUUACAGUUUAAGAGCCACACCGACAUGCAUUGCUUUCUCGGAGAAGAACAGAAUUUUGGGGGUCGCCGCAAAGAAUCAGCAGGUGACCAAUAUGCGAAACACCAUUUAUGGCUUAAAAAGACUUCUUGGUAGGAAAUAUAGCGACAAACAAGUUCAAGAUGAACUUAAACAUUUACCGUUUAAUACCAAGCAGUUACCUGAUGAUGUUUUGGGGAUUGAGACGAGAUAUUUGAAUGAAGUUCGUGUUUUUACCCCGGAACAAUGUCUUGCUAUGCUUUUUACAAAACUUAAAGAUACAUCAUCUGCUGCUAUCGAAACUGCAUUAAAGGAUUGUGUCAUUUCUGUUCCUUCUUAUUAUACACAUGCUGAAAGACAAGCUUUACUUGAUGCGGCUGCAAUAGCCGAUUUAAAUGUUUUAUGUUUAUUAAACGAAACAACAGCAACGGCUCUCGCUUACGGUAUUUACAAACAAGAUUUGCCUGCACCUGAAGAAACACCACGUAACGUAAUUUUCGUUGAUUGCGGUUACGCUUCGUUGCAAGUCUCAGCUUGCGCCUUCCACAAGGGUCAAUUAAAAAUGUUGGCUGCAACGUCAGACCCGAAUUUGGGAGGGCGCGAUAUCGAUUAUAAACUGGCUGAAUAUUUCAAGCGGGAUUUUAUGAAACGAUAUGGAAUCGAUGCGGGAAGUAAUCAACGCGCUUAUAUCCGCUUAUUAGCUGAGGUUGAGAAAUUAAAAAAACAAAUGUCGGCGAAUUCAACUUCUUUGCCGCUAAAUAUCGAGUGUUUUAUGGAGGAUAAAGAUGUUCGCGGAGAUAUGAAAAGGGCGGAUAUGGAGGAGCUCUGCAAAGAUUUAUUUAAUAGGGUUCGAAACAAGCUGGUCAAGUGCUUACAAGAUUCCGGUUUAGAUCUCGAAAUGGUUCAUUCCGUCGAAAUCGUUGGUGGCUCGACGAGAAUUCCAGCCAUUAAACAGUUAAUCACGGAGGUUUUCGGACGCACCCCGAGCACAACUUUGAAUCAAGACGAAGCUGUUAGUCGUGGUUGCGCCCUGCAAUGUGCUAUUUUAUCCCCUGCGGUGCGUGUGAAAGAUUUCAAAGUCGAAGAUGUCCAAAAUUACUCGAUUAUGCUUAAGAGUGGACCUGAUGAGGUGCACGAACUUUUCCCUAAAUACACCAAGGUGCCCAUUACCAGGAAACUUACCAUUAAUAGAAACGAUUCGUUUGCAAUUAGUGCGUAUUAUUCUGAAGAGGAGGAUAUUCAUUUUAAAAGCAAAACAAUAGGUACUUGGCAUGUAAAAGAUGUUAAACAAAUAGCCGAAGGUAGAAAUCAACCGGUUAAGAUAACAUUUAACACGAAUCAAAGUGGUAUUUUUUCGUUGAGGAAAGCGGUGAUUGAAUGUACCGAAAUUGUGGAUAAUUCGGAACAACCACAACAACCCAUGGAGGUUGAUGGUCAAAAUGCGGAUCAAAAUGGGGGGGAUAAGGCGUCUGUUGAGGCAAACAGCACACCAGAGGUAGGCUGGACGGGAAAAUUAACAGCCUUGUUUAGCCGGAAUGGUGAUGAGAAGAAAAAGAAAAAAACCGUUAAGAAAGAUCUUGUAUUAACCGUUGAAUCAGAAAUUUAUGGAUUAUCUCAUAAACAAAUAGAAGAGUUAAAAGAGGAGGAAUAUAAAUUAAUUGCAAAUGAUAAAAGAGAAAAAGAACGAGCUGAUGCCCGAAACGCUUUAGAAGAAUAUGUAUAUGAAUUAAGAGGAAAACUGUCCUCAGAAGAAGAUCUUGCUGCAUUCAUCAUUGAAAAUGAACGUACAAAAUUAGUGAACGAUUUAGAAUCAAUGGAAAAUUGGUUAUACGAGGAAGGUGAAGAUUGUGAAAAACAACAGUACAAAGACCGUUUGGUAGCGUUAAAAAAGCGAGGUGAACCGGUUGAAAAACGAAAAUUAGAGGCUGAAAGAAGACCGAUGAUGCUAGAUAAAAUUGGUGGUGCCCUACAACAUUGUCGUAAAGUCUAUGAGGGGAUUAUCUCUGGGAAAGAUGAAAGAGCAUCUCAUUUUACGCGAGAAGAACUCCAAAAAGUUGAGAAAGCUUUUGGGGAUUUAGAUGAGUAUAUGAGAAAAGUUUAUCACGAGCACACAAAUUUACAAAAACAUGUUGAUCCGAGUAUUACCGUCGACGAUAUGCAAAAAACGUUGGUGGGUUUCCGAUCGCAGGUCGAUCCAAUUUUGAAUAAACCAAUGCCUAAGGCGCCCACACCACCAAAAGAAACCAAACCAGCCGACGUUAACCACACCGACGGGCAACAACAGCAGAAUCAUGAUGCUCCUGAAGAAACAGAAAUGAAUGUAGACGGUUAAAUUAAAUUAAUGUUGGUUUUUAGUUCCGCAAGUAACUGUUUUUUCUUUAACAGUUUCAAUUUUUUUCUUAAAUUAGCUAACAAUUUAUAUAUUAAUAAUACAUUAUUACAACACGCAUACACCCAGCAAUUUUUGGCUUAAAUCAAAUUUAUUAACAAACAUUAAAAAUGAAAUAACCCUUUUCUUUGAUUCAUUCAAUUGAAUUUUGUACAUUUUGGUAUAAAGAAAACACGAAUUUCUUUUUUAUUUUGUAUUAUUUUUCGCAAUUUACAUUUAUUUUUAUUUUCUAAAUGUUUCAAUUGCCUCAUUCCACCAAAAACAAACAAAUUACAUGGUAAAUAUCAAUAUUAAUAUUGUUUGAUGUCCAAUUGCGUAAUAAAUAGUAGUCAAAACCUCAA